GGGACCAUAUGACACCCAUCAUGUCUAAACGUUUCUCCAUAGCAGCAGUUAAUUUCUAUGUAAGACAAGAAAAUAAAAAACGGAUAGUAACUGAAAAAAUAGGAAAAAUGAAAUAAAAUUGCACAAAUAAAGAUUUCAUUCAAAAAAAGAGGAGAGAGAAAAUUAGAUAUGGAGCGAAUUUGCUUCUUCUCCCUUUCCUCCCGUACUGUGUGUUGUACAACUCGGAUUUUCAUUUUUUUUUGGCACAAAUAAAGCCCACUCCCUCUUCCCUCAACUUUUGCUGCUACAUUCUGCUACUGCAGACGACAGUUUUUAUUUAUAAUUAUAAUUAUAAUUUAUUUAUUUAUUUAUUUGUUCAUAAAUUUCUUUAACGUUUUGUUCUCUCUUUUUCCCCUGAAAUCCUCCCGAAAAAUCCAAAUGAUUCUUUCUCACCCUCCCUAAUUUCUCUCUCUUCCGUACUACCUCUCCCUUAAUACUUUAAACUACUCCUUACCCACUUCUUAAAUCAUCCAUUUUCAUCAUCAUUCGGUUGGUUUUUUCAUUUCAAGGAGCAUGUUUGGAGCUAAUGAUACAAAUCCUAUGCUUCCUGUUCAUAUGGAGAGUGUCAGGAUGCCAUACAAUGCCAAUGUAGUGCCGUCAAUGCAAUUGGAUGCUCUCUUUGGCUGUAAUGAUAUAAUGAACUUGAACAUGGCUGGGGACAAGAACUUGUCCUUUGUGAAUCUACCUGAGAAAGUAGGAAGGGGUACACCUGUAUUCAGCCAGCAGCAUAAGCUUCCUGUGACAUCCUAUGACAAUUUUUGCCAGAAUGAAGCAGGGCAAGCCAGGAAUAUGUUGAAGCAAUUCCCUGUCUCCACUGGGCUCAAGCUUUCAUAUGGAGAAGAGGAGCACAAUUCUUCCAUCACAUCUGCUGGUGAAGGCGUAGUUGUUAAUCUUUCAUCGAUGCUGUCCCAUAAUGAUAGUCUGCAAACAGAGCUUGUGCGGCAGAGUGAUGAAUUUGAUCAGUAUAUCAGGAUCCAGGAGGAAAACAUCAAGAAGGGCAUUGCAGAACUGAAGCAUCGGCACACAGUUUCUUUAUUGAAUGCUCUUGAGAAAGAAGUCAGUCACAAAAUACAUGAGAAAGAUGUCGAGAUAGAGAACUUGAACCAGAGAAACAAGGAGUUGAUGGAGAAAAUUAGGCAGAUAGCUUUGGAAGCUCAGUCAUGGCACUUGAGAGCAAAACAAAACGAGUCUCUGGUGAAUGUCUUAAGGAACAACAUCAAUCAAGUCGUUCUACAAGGCGCUACCUUGAUGAAGGAAGGUUGUGAUGAGAAUAUGGCAGAUGACGCUGUUUCUUGCUGUAAUCAGAACCUUCAAGAUCCAUCAGCCAACCAUCAAAACCAUCUCCCCUCAGUGAAAGAGCUGGUGCAUUGCAAAGUAUGCAAAAGUAAGGAGGUUUCUGUUUUGUUGUUGCCUUGCCGGCACUUGUGCCUUUGUACAGAUUGUGAUGUUUUCAUUGACGACAUUUGCCCUGUUUGUCGAGUGAAAAAAGCAGGAAGCUUACAAGUAUACAUGUCUUGAAACUGAAAAAAUAGACCUGAUGAAUUUGUUGAUUAACCAAGUUAUAUAUAUAAAAUUCUUGUAGGAAUUUUAUUUUAUAGUCUUCUCAUGUUGAAUUAUGGCGGCCUAAAGUCUUAGUCUAGACCUUCAUUUUGAGUGAUUUCUGUUGUGCAUAAACAAAUGAUGAUAUACUUGGGGGUAUCAUCUUGUGCAUUUUUAGGUAUAAAUACAUAUAUAGUUGCAUUGUAUUACUA